GAAGAACGAAACCAAAGCCUAAACCAAACAAUCUACGAUCAAAACAAAAGCCACAGGUGCAAGCACCUAUUGAAGGACUCUGUCUUAUUCGUGCGACUAAUGGGAAAAAGAAGCUCAGUACCGUCGUGAACGCUAAGGAUAUCAAUAAAUUUCAAAUGGCAUACACAAGCGUAUUGCGUGCAAAUCUUGAUGGACUAAAAAAACACGGAAAGAAAAAAUCGAAACUGGCAUCUAGCAGCAAAGUUGCUGACCAGUGAUGGUUUUAGUUGUAUUUCUAUAUUUAAAAACAGAAACCGUUUUUUUUGCAAUGAAUUGAAAAGAUUUCGUUGGGUGUUGCAACUUAUGUUAUUGCGUUAUAUUUUACCAGUCUGCAGAAUUUCGCAGCUCAUGACAAGAUCUGUUGUAUGCAGAAUCUUUUUAAUAUAAAUGUUUGCAAUCUUAAAAAUGGACACGCAUGGGACAUAUAUGUACAAGCAAUGCUAAAUUAUCAUGUAUAUUUGCUACAAAUCUCAUCUGCACUUAAUUUAUAAUAAUAAUAAUACCUUUAUUUGUCUCUUUGUUUAAUUGGAAUUAGUUGGAGUGUUUGAAACAAAUUGUUCCACACAUAAAGGAAAAAUUAAAACACUAAACAGCAUGUAUGUAGCUGCCAUUCUCUGCAGACUGGAUAUCGUAAUUGUGGUUUGCCGUUUGCAGUUGUGUUUAAAUGUUAAAGGGUUUGGGGAUUUAUUAUUACAAACAUUCUGUCACAGAUUUUGUGUUUUACUAUGUGUUGCAUAAUGUUGAGGUAAAAUCAAAGUAGCUUAUGUCACAUUUUUGUGUUUUGCUCAAACAUUGCCAAAAUGCUUCUAACAUCCAACAGAAUGCAAAAUUGAAAAAAUGACACCUAAAAUGUGACAUAAUCUGCUUUGGUUUUACCACGACGAACGAUGAUGAAUACCUUAAUCAAGAGAAACAAGUUUGUUUUUGGAUAAACUAGGGACCAUUCGUUGGUUUGUCUGCUUGUGUAAUGUCAGAUUAAUUAGAAGUAUAUAUGUUUGUUUAUAGAAAAAAUCCAUUUGGUUUUUCAUAGUCUUCACAAUUCUUGUAAUCUAACCGAAAUAUUAGAUGUGUUACUCCUUAAUGCUUAAAUGAGUGUUAAAGUACUAUUUCACUGAGCAAAUUUUUUCUUUCCAAUCUUGUUACAAUAAACACAACUCAAUGCCAUUAUUUUCUUCAGGAAGCUGCUUGGUUUAGAUUCAUGUUCACGCUUUAAUUAAUUAUUUUUAUGCAGCCAUGUUAACAAAAGCGUUAAUUUAUUAAAAUCUAAAUUAAAAUUUAAAACAUUCAUCUUUGACAUAUUUAAAGCUUCAUUUGCUUCAAUGCAUUUGUUACUAGAUUUGUGAUAUUUUGGAUUUCAAUACCACGAUACUUUUGUUUUAAUAGGUUCUCUACUGAGAUAUACAUUAUGUGGUUUUUGUAUAUAUUGACAUGGCUGUCUUUAGCAGUGCAAAUAUUAUUUGUUACAUUAUCUAUAGCUGCUGCACUUUAUUACCUGGCUGAAAUAAUAGAAGAAUACACAGUUAUGACGAGAAAAGUCGUCAAAAACAUGUUGGUGGUUUCAUGUGUUGUAUAUGUUGGGCUAUGGUUGUUUGAAAGUUUUCCGUUUACGAUAAUCGCUGUGGGUCUGUUCACGAACCUUGUUGAGUUUAGUUUGCUGCGGAGUUUCCCUUUCAUUGAACUAACUUCUCCAAAUUUUAUUGGAACAGUUUUACUAGUGUUCGUCAAUCAUUAUCUCGCAUUCAAGUACUUCAAUAAGGUCUACCACACAUUUGCAGAAGUGCUAAGUUACUUUACUUUAUGCUUGUGGUUGAUCCCGUUCACUUUCUUCAUUUCUUUAUCAGCGGGUGACAAUGUUCUUCCCUCCACUGUACAACCAUUACUCACUCCAAACCCAGAUCAUGAUGUUCUGUCACAUUACAUGACAAAGGGCAAGAAAAAAAGAUCGGUUUUGCUCACAAUAUUUGAAAACUGCAAAGAUUUUGUUAUGCCUUCGCGGACAAAACGAUUUUGAGAUUAUUUAAUAUUUUUAUUUCGUUUUAUUUUGCUGGUACUGGCCACAAUGGGAGAAAUGCAUGGAAAACAUAAUUUUGGUGUUUUGUGGUGGUUCUGCAGAACCAAUGCUUAAUAUUUAAGUCACUGCUAAAGCCCCUACUGUUUAAAAAUAGCUAUCUAUAAGACGUUUUUGUAGUAUACCAUUUUGGGCAUCAUUUAAUGCAAUAUUAUAAAAAUUUAGCUUUUCUGAAGAAAGUAUAAUUGUCUGCUUUGAUAUUUAUAUUUUAUUAUAUGGAACAGAAAAAAUAGUAAAUGCAAAUGCACGCGAG